UGGUUUUUGUACUAGUCUUUUGCCAAUGCGGUUGAACAAAGAGAUAAAAUUUUUUCAAGUUUUGCACAAUAAAUCCUUGGAAAAGCAUUUCCUUGGACUUUCUAAGGACUUUCAUCGCCCCCGAGUGUUAAGAGGUUUUCUCCGAACAUAUCGUUACUCAAUUUUAGUUGCAAAGAACGAUUGGCGUAGUUCAGGGUUGGAGGGUGGUGUUAAUCUCACUGUAGAUGGAGGUGUUCAGAAAAAGUUACUUAAAGAAGGCUCGGGUGAUUCUGUCAAGUCUGGUUCCAGGGUUGCUGUUCAUUAUACAGGGUAUUUGGAUAGCGGACUUGAGUUUGAUUCCACACGAAAGCGACAGGAACCUUUUCUUUUUGUUGUUGACAAAGGGCAAGUUAUCCGAGGUUGGGAUAUUGCCCUCCUUUCUAUGAAAGAAGGAGAAACAGCGAGAGUUCGAUGUUCUCCUAGUUACGCUUACGGGGAAAAAGGUGUUCCUCCAAGUAUUCCUCCAAACGCGUUUCUAACCUUUGAAAUACAAGUAGUGAAAGUUGAAAGAUUCUCAGAUGUUCCUAGUACAAACAAGGAUAGUUCUACAAAGAAGUCUACUACUAAGAUUGCUUCCAAACCAAAGGACGAACGAAAGCCUGUUCUGGAAAGAUUUUACUUUAUUUCUCCUUUUGCCAGUCAAACAGGAGAACGAGCUCCUUGGUGGCUUAACCCUAUUAUAACCUUUUCUAUUAUCUUUAUUUCUGUAGCAAUAGCCUUUACCAUUGUAGUUCAAAAUGGGGCUUUGCAUACAAGCUAUUUGAAGAACAUGUAAUAUUCACUUUUUAAUUAAAACAUAUGUAAAGCUUCCAAGGCAAGCACAUUUCAUUUAAUGUCUUAUCAAUAACUUUCAACUUACAAAGGAAAACAUGGCCAACCUGAAGCUUCAGUAUAAUUAUGAUACAUGCUGAACUUUAACAAGAUGUCUACACCUGGGUCUGUUUCACUAAUAGAGAGCAUGACAUCAAAGGAAUGAAAUGUCUCAAUAACAGUCCUUUUCACUGUAACCUCGACAUGACGUUACAAUUGACAGUAAUUGGGUAACAAAGCUUAGAAAGAAAGUAUUUAACCUGUAGCAGUCGCUACAAUGAUAUUCCAAAGAUCUAAGGAUCGAACACCAUUCCUUAUUUCAAAUGGUUGCAACCAGAUGAUUCUUCAAAAAAGACAAUUUCAGUUGGAAGCGGUCACAAUUGUUUUUUUAGAGAAGUUUAAGAGUCAAAAGAAUCUAGAAGAAUUUUACUAGCAACUCUACCAGUCUCUCGUAGAUAUAUAAUUCCCAAGCAAAGUGACGUUUUCUAGUCCUGUCCUGCUAACCAUAGUAGCAGAGCUUUCAAUCCAACAUUGCGUGCUGACUUUGCUGUGUUUCCAGACUUGUAAUACACAGGGGAGGCAAAAAGUCGCC